ACUAACUACGACCCGCCAUCUUGGUUUCAAGAUGUCGAAAAUACAAAAGUCGUUGGAUUUUAUGAAGAAAAUUGGAGGCGUUCAAGGCGCCUUUUGGAGAUUUCUUAGAGAAGGAACAGCUAGAGUAGGAACAUGUGUUGGAGAAGACAAGUAUGGCAAUAAAUACUACGAAAAUGACUGGUAUUUCUUCAGUCGUAAUCGUUGGGUAGUUUACCCUUAUGCUGGUCGUCUGGAGUACGAUGGAUCUCAGAUCCUUCCUGAAUGGCAUCGAUGGAUGCACUACAUGACCGACGAAACACCUGUACAAUCUAAACCAGUGCAACGGAAGUUUCUUAUGGAUCAUGAAAGGAAUUAUACAGGAACUAAGCGAGAAUAUGUGCCUUAUAGUACUACAAGGCCAAAGAUAGAGUCGUGGCAACCACCCAAGAACUAUUAAGCUGAAAUACUACAUAAAAACAGCUGAUCUUAUAACAAAACCUUAUGGAUAGAAUAUUCCAAGAUACAGUGUGCUUGUUUGUAUCGUGAAGUUUGAUAACUGAAGAUCAGGGAUGAAUGAUGGCUGAAGUUGGAUUCAAAUGUCACACUUGCCAUAUUUGUACAUGUCUUUCAUUAAUUAAUAAAUUUGAAAGUUGAAGCAUG